GGGAUAAACUGAAGAUCGUCUAUGGCCAGAAGCUCGUAGACCUCGAGAAAUUCGUGCAAUAUUACGGCUUGGCUGUCGUCAAGCAAGCAACAACUUUCAAUUUCAAACAAUUGAAAGGCAAAAACUCGUGCCAUACCGGAGUGGGAAAAACUGUCGGAUGGAAAAUUCCUGUAGGCUAUCUUCUUUUCACGAAGGAAAUGGCAUUCACCGACAAUCAAUACAAGUCUACUGCUGACUUCUUUAACAAAAGCUGUGCUCCAGGUAGGUUGGAUAGACUGCAUGGACUUGAUAUUUUUAAGUACUCUCUUUACUUCAUAUAUAUUACAAAGGUUUGGGAAAUUUGGGAAAUUUUGAAUGUUUAUUCAUAUUAGCAAUCUCGACAUGUCUUGUUGAUGGUUUUUUAUGUUAAGAACUGCAUUUCGUAUAUGUUGCUGUUGUAACUUGCGAAAUAUUUGAUUUGUUGUAGACGCGUAUCCAACUUAGGUUAUGCGGGGCAAAAUGAGACACCUAAGGAUAUUUGUUGUAGAAUGGAAGGCACAGCAAUUUGAAUUUUCUUUUUGACUUGGGUAUGUGAGGUUGACUCACAGCAAGAUAUGUAAAGCAAAAAAAAUGUUUGGAAUAAUUUAUUUGCGAUAAAUCGGGGAAAACCUAACCGUGGUAAUUCUCUUUUUGCCCCGGCACAGUGGGGCAAAUUGAGACAGGGCUAAAAAAUUAAAAAUAAAGUCAAUAUAAUUAACUUAUUUUAAUAGAACUUCAGAACUAAUUAUAAAACACAUGUUUAAAAUCAUUUUGAAGUUCAAUAUGUCACACACACACAGGUCACACUGGCUCGGCGGUAACAGUACAGCAUUCUUCGUGACACCAUUCUUUGCAUUGUGAACAAGUCAUGCAAUCCUCGCCAGGCAUUGGCAUUGACCAAAGUUCACCGCAAAGAGAUAAACUUUUUAGCCUACCAUUGACUGGGUAAUUUAAUUAACACAUCCUUUGGUACCGCGUAGGCAGCUUCCGUCUUGCCAGUUCUUUCUUCUCAACUGCAGAGAUGGCAAGACGAAUUUAAUCUUCAUUCCAGUUUGCGUACAUAGUUCCUGACCACCCUAAAUAAAAUAAAAGUUAGUUUGCUUUGUGACAUGGACUAAGCUGUUUAUAGCAUAAAAUAUAUGACAUAUGAACUUAUGAUAAAUUAUAGAAUGAAAGUACAUAUUGAUUCAAUCAGAAAUAUAAACGAUUAUAAAUUUCCCAAACAGGAGAAAGUGGUAUUAAAUCAGUAAUUGAGGACUUCAAUAUAACACAGAUAGUACUGGUAAUAAUCCAAGAUAGUAUUUAUAUCAUAUAUUGACAAAUGACAAUAAAGGAAGGCACAGUAAAAGGUGAAAUGAACAGCAUCACACUGAACAAAUAUAUAUAUUACUUGGUUUAGACUCAGCUGUUUCAUUUUGCCUCAAUGGUAUGAGUUCAAGUCAGUCAAAUAAACACGCCAAAAGUAUAGAUAAAAAUUGACAAAAAUACCACGUGUGACUUGAAAGACCAUGUUAUAAACCCCAUUAAUUUAAACAAAUAGGUUUUAUUCGAUACAUGCGACGUUCUAGAAAUACCAAUCGGUUAGCUAAAAUAGCUAAGUAAUUACGUACCUUUACUUGCCGAUCGAUCAUCCAAACUGGUUUAAAAAAUCGUUAUUUUCUCGUUGUUGCCGAGCAAAUAAAACGCUCUUUUCGACGAAGUAUAUACAAGCAAAAAUGUUUGUUAUGAGCCUGCGAUGAUUGUGGUAUAAAUAAUUCUGAGCUCUAACAGGAAUUGAAACAACAAGACAUGUCGAAACUUGCAGUUAGCAGUACACAUGUAACGCACAGAAUUAGUAAAUAACGUAACUCCUUGGCUCACCAUUUGAGACCUUGCAGCUCAAUGGUAAUUCGAGCAUCUGUCCGGUUACGUUAUUAACAUUUUUUAAAUCUUUGGCGCACUCCUUGUACCCUUGUGUUAACCGCGCCGGCAAAAGCAAUAACAAUAGAUUAGCACUAAACAUCAAUGGACCAUUUGCAUUAUAGACUAAAUUUUGAUCUAGACAAAAAUUUCAUCACAGCUUGAAAGAGCAUCACAAAAUUAGUAAUAUUCCAAAGUUUCGUUGCGAAAUGUUGUAAAAUGCGGAUAGUAUAGCUUUGCGAAGUUUGCCGUUUUUCAGUCAUUUUGUAUUGCGCACGGGAAAUUGACAGCCCAAUCGGGUGUUGGCGCAUCAAUUUCCCGUUUGUAAUACAAAAUGACUGAAAAACGGCAAACUUCACAAGGCUAUAUUAUCCGCAUUUUACAACAUUUCGCAUUGUGAUGCUCUUUCAAGCUGUGAUGAAAUUUUUGUCUAGAUCAAAAUUUAGUCCAUAAUGCAAAUGGUCCAUUUCCGCCAUUUUUGGCUUCACUUUUAGGACGCGCGAUCUUACUCCAGUUAUAUAUGGAGCUCACUGGUAAAUCUAAUUCGUAAACGUGUGUUUCGGGAAGGGGGAAGAGCGUAAGGGCCGACGCGGAGGCUUGAUAAUUUUUUUCUUAAUUAAAAGUGAGGGAGUUUAUUGCAGGCCAGUGUAGAUUUUUCAGAGGGCAGUUGCAGUGCCGUAGCAACCUCGAUAAUUGGGGGGGGGGGGGGGGGGAUUCAUAUAUUCGUGUUCUGCGUUAUUAAUUUCUUUGAAAAUCAAUUGUUUUUAUGGUCUGUGAACACGAAUAAAUGAAUAUGACCCCCCUCCCCCCAAUUAUCGAACUUGCUACGGCACUGAGUUUCAAUGUCGACAAUUUUUUCCUUGCCAAGGAGACUUGCACCAAAGCUAGUCCUGCCAGCUUUUGUUUAAGGAAAAUUUGUUCGUGUGUACGGCCGUCAAGGAAAACUUGACAAGUGUACAAGAAAUACUUCUUGGUUUUGUCAAACAAAAGGCAGUCUUGACGUGAGAUAAAUAUAUGUUGAAAAACAUUCCGUGCACACGAGUCAAGGAAAACUCGCUUGUUCUAAAGCAGAAGAAAAUGAAAAUCAAUUUCGACCCCUGGUGUAUGACAGGGGAAGCUUAUAUAUAUAUAUAUAUAUUAGAGGGAGAUUUUUAGAUGGAAGGCUUAUAUGUGACAGAGAGACCUUAAUAGUUAUUAUAUCUUCUCAGGCAGUAAAGCCCUUAAAGAUGUAAGUGAGGAAGUGAAGACUGAUCUCUGCUCAUUGUGUAAAGCCUGUCGCACACGAGAGCUAUCUGCUGAGCAAAAAGUUACUCGUGCCUGUUAGCUCAGCUGAUAGCUCACCGAUCAAACAUGUUUGAUACGUGAGAAAAGGUUGCAUGAGGCAAAAAACUCAGUAAAAUGUACCCGCACACGGUGAGCUAUCGGCUGAGCUAACAGGCACGAGUAACUUUUUGCUCAGCAGAUAGCUCUCGUGUGCGGCAGGCUUAAUGGAUCAUGUGAGUUUGCCGACACCGAACCGUACUCAAAUUACCAAGGAGCAUUCAAAUGUAUGGCCGAUGGAAAUAAUGACCGAGUUGCGUUUGUGAGGCAGACCACAGCCGCUGCGGUAUUUGCGGCUUAUCCAGUAAAAUAUGGCAGUGCAAGCGACUAUAAACUGUUGUGUACGGAUGGUACAACAAAAGGUGAGUCAACAAAGACUGUUUCCACUUCAACCGUAUCGUACUGAAACGUACUGAUGAGCAUGCUUAGAUUGAAAAUUGCUUCAUAAAUUCACGUACGUCCGGGUUUAGUCCGGUAUCAAAAUUAAACAUUCGCCGCAAAUAUAUUGUUUGGCGUAUUCCGGAAGUAUUAGGCAAUCAAAAUUCACCAAAAUUUGAAAUUUUGAACUUUUUUAUACGUUUCGGUACGGUAUACACUUGAAUUGGAAAACGGCCUUAAUUUAAAGUGGUACACCAAUUAAAUAAUUAAACAAAACCGAACUUUCAAAAGUGAACGAAAUCUAUAUGUUAAUUGGUUUAUCCUAUAACCCUACAACAUGAUGGAAGCAGACAAAAGUUAUUUACUUUAACAAAAUAUGUAGGUUCGAAUUAGUUUUGACCUGGAGACACAAAAACAUAUGUAAUGUAAAUACACCUCUAUGUGUUUUGGUGCAUCAAAAACACCAACGUAUUUUUGCUGUUGCAAAGCUCUACCCCGGAUCCCAGGAUCUUGUUUAUCCUUUAUCCCAAAAGAAGACAAACCAAUAAACAUCUUAACGUGCAUCCUGCCGUGUUUUCCGAUAGUAGGCAACCAGGAUACGUUGUUAAGGAUAUAGACUAUAUACUAGGAAACAUUGUUUCCUUGCCGUGAUUCCAGAUCCAGUUUGACGGAAAACCAGGUGACAUUAGGAAACUGAUUUGUUUUCUUACCAUGUUUCGCGGUGAUAGCAAACAAAGAAAAAUUCUUCCCUAGCGUGUUCGCGUUCCUGAAGAUGGUCAAGCUACAGCAGGAAAUAUUGUUUCCGCAACAAUAAUUACACUUGCCCGAUAGUCAGUUAGGAUCGCUUCAUGCGCGGAAAAUAAAAUAGGUUUUUGUCGUGUGAAUUUGUUUUAAAAUACUUUAGCUUCCUGCAUAGGGGUGCGGGAGGACAAAAAUUAGGGAGGCCGACAAAAAUGCGCUCGAACUUAAUCGAAUGUGCCCGACCAAUACAAAAACAAUUUCUGUCGUAAACUUACCAAAAAUUAUAUCACUUAUCACAUAUCACUUAUGACCCAUCCCAACGUUACAUAUUUCUUGCUUUUUCGAUUAUUUUAAUAGGCAUCGUGCUUCCCUUCCAUCAUUUGCCGUAUUUUUAAGUAGAAUUGCCCGAUUUUUGAAUAGAAUAUGCUCGAGCACCCCCCCCCCCCUCCCGCAAGCCCCCUCCCGUACUCCUGUGACUCCCUGGAUAGAAAGAUUUAUGAAAUUUGUUUCCUUCACAAUAUUUUCAAAGAUGGCAGACGGGGAAAAAUUCAGGAAACUUCGGAAAUCAAUUCUGCGGCAGUGCUUCCCUGUUUGCGUAGUGCUUGAAAUUUACAAUUUUCUUUUCCCUAGGUCUUAAUGAAUACCUCAGCUGUUUCAUUGAUAAGAGACCUGCGUACGCUUUGGUUACAAAUGUAGACACGGCUGAUACUAUGGUCACGGCAAUGCAAGGUAUCUUGAAUGCGGCAAAUGUCACCCUUCUGAAGACUGGCAAAAUAGUCAGUAGCAACUUCGACAAAUUCGAGCCAUACACGGACACUGUCAAGAAGUAUGUAGGAGAUUAUGGUGACCAUUUUAAUGCUUUGAGUGGCCCGAACGCCGCACCGUCCAUCGUCGUUUCUCUUGUUUUGCAAAUCAGCGCCAUUUUUGCAUUCGUGCUUUUGGUUUAG